AUGGCCUCUACCUUCGAUGUUUCGGCAGCCCGCUCUCGUUUCCCUGCAUUGCAACAGGAGCAAGUCUAUAUGGACAACGCUGGUGGAAGUCAGGUUCUCGAUACUGUGGCCGACUCCAUCCGUGCUUACCUGCUGAACACAAAUGUCCAGCUCGGAGCUAGCUAUAAAGUCUCUCGGAUUUCGACUAAUGCAUACGAUAAUGCAUACAAAGUGGCUGCUGGGUUCACCAACGCUGCGCCCGAGGAGAUCAGCAUCGGUGUCUCAACCACGCAGCUCCUGCACAACCUCUCUACGGCGCUUCAAUUCCAACCUGGUGAUGAACUAGUUAUAUCCAAACUCAACCACGAGGCCAAUACCUCCCCGUGGGUCCAUAUAGCAGAGAGGUUGGGCUUGACUGUAAAGUGGUGGGCUGCUUCCGACCCAAAGAAUCCAGUGUGUGAUUCAGCCGAGUUGAAGUCCCUGCUCUCCGAUAAGACCAGACUCGUAGCAUGUCCACAUGCUUCCAAUAUCACUGGGACUAUCAGUCCCAUCCGUGAGAUUGCAGACGUUGUCCAUGCUCAUCCUCACGCACUCCUGUGUGUGGAUGGAGUCGCCCUCGCACCGCAUCGCCAGGUCGACGUGAAAGCGUUAGACGUGGAUUUCUACGUAUUCUCCUGGUACAAAGUAUAUGGACCACACCUGGCGCAACUAUAUGCCUCAUCACGGGUUCACGACCAGAUCCAGUCACUGGGUCAUUUCUUCAAGCCUACUGAUACACUAGACCUGAAGCUCAAUCUGGCAUCGGCUAAUUAUGAGCUUACACAGAGUAUUCCCCAGAUUGUGGAGUACUUUGGUUCCGAGCCUAGCACGACCUGGGCCCAGAUGGCCGAGCACGAGGAACAGCUGCAACAGAUUCUACUAGAAUAUCUGGCUUCUAAUAGCCGGAUUGAUGUUAUCGGUGAACCCUCGGCCAGCAAGGAGCUUCGCGUGCCGGUUAUUAGCUUCGUUGUGCAGGGAGUGGGUAGUCAGCGCGUUGUGGAGGAAGUUGAGCGUCGAUCGGCCUUUGGGUUCCGCAGUGGUCAUAUGUACAGCCACCGGCUACUGGCCGACGUGUGCGGAUUGGACGAUGUGGAGGACGGGGUGGUGCGGGUCAGCUUCCUGCACUAUAACACCGUGGCCGAAGUACGGGGGCUGGUAGAGGUAUUGCGAGAGGUGCUUGCAUCGUUGUAG